CAGACAUCUAUUCUUCUUCCUGCUCUUUUCCCUUAAUGUGAGUCGCGAAUGAGAAAGUUGGAAUCGCAGGUGCACCAACCGCAUCAUUCAUUUUAAGACGCUAUUAACGCGAAGAAAGGGAUUAUAUUGCGUCUCAUUCUGUGAUGGCUUUAUAAGGCUCCGUGUGAGAUCUUUGAAAACUACAGUGCGCAGAAUGCAUAGACACACGGCAAGGCAGGCCUUUCUUGUCCUCUUCCUCAUCGUCAUUCUGACGGGGCCCAUACAUUCAGAGAUCUCCAACUGCGUCAUUAAACGUGAGGAGGAGAGAUGCAUGGAGCGAAUCGCACUGCACGACCCCAAAGAUGACGAAAAGUUUGGCUGUCUAUGGGAUUGGGAUAACCUGACCUGCUGGCAGGCGGCUGGAGUUGGAGAGGUCGUGGAGGUCAAUUGUCCUGAGCUCUUUGAAUUCAUGAGUCCAGAGGAGGGUCUCGGCAAGAUCAGCAGAAACUGUACGGAGUUUGGCUGGUCUGAACCGUAUCCUCACUACGUUGAUGCCUGUAUGAUCGGAUACAACACAACCAAGCCUGACAUGUACUAUGCGUCUGUGAAGGCUCUCUAUACAGUGGGCUACAGCACGUCUCUGGUGUCUCUGACCACAGCUAUGGUCAUUCUCUGCAGAUUCAGGAAGCUUCACUGCACCAGGAACUUCAUCCACAUGAAUUUGUUUGUGUCGUUCAUCCUGAGAGCCAUCUCUGUGUUCAUUAAAGACGGUGUUCUGUAUGCAGAGGAGGACAGUGACCACUGCUUUGUCCAUACUGUGGGCUGUAAGGCAGUGAUGGUCUUCUUCCAUUACUGUGUCAUGUCAAACUACUUCUGGCUCUUUAUCGAGGGUCUUUACCUCUUCACACUGUUGGUGGAGACCUUCUUCCCUGAAAGACGCUACUUCUACUGGUACACCAUCAUUGGCUGGGGGACACCCACUAUUUGUGUGACCAUCUGGGCUGUUCUGCGUCUCAAUUUUGAUGAUUCUGGCUGCUGGGAUAUGAAUGAUUACACUGCUCUCUGGUGGGUGAUAAAGGGACCAGUCGUGGCAUCAAUUAUGAUUAAUUUUGUUCUCUUCAUUGGAAUAAUCAUAAUCCUGGUGCAGAAGCUGCAGUCUCCAGACAUCGGCGGAAACGAGUCCAGCAUUUACCUGCGUCUGGCGCGUUCGACCCUGCUCCUCAUCCCGCUGUUUGGAAUCCACUACACUGUGUUUGCCUUCUCCCCUGAGGAUUUCAGCAAGCGGGAGAGACUGGUCUUUGAGCUGGGCCUGGGCUCCUUCCAGGGGUUUGUGGUGGCCGUCCUGUACUGCUUUCUGAACGGAGAGUUUCUCCCUAAAGGUGCAGUCAGAGAUAAAGAGGAAAUGGAGGAGCUGGACGGUGAACAGGUACUUUGCUGUGGACCUGAAGCAGCAACGUCACCCUUCGCUAGCGAGCAGUGGGGUGAACGGGGGGACGCAGCUGUCCAUCCUCAGCAAGAGCAGCUCGCAGAUACGCAUGUCCAGCCCACUGGCCGAAACGGUCAACCUGAACCUGCCCACCUGAACGCCUGAUUGGCCCACUUCUCUGCCAGUCCGUCCCUAAAACUCCGCCCUUCAAUUCACCUUCUUCACCUGCAGUAGGGCCAACCAAUCACGUUUAACGACACAAAUGAUUUAUGAGACCUCAUAAUAGUAUUUACAGAGCAAUGCCAUUUAAAAUAGUUCGAAACGAUUCAUCCAGGGAUUCAUGUAGAGUGCCAAAACUAUUGUGAGUUCAUGCUAAGGAAAGAUGAAAUUCAGUACUUGAAAACUAGUAUGAAUAUACGCUUUUUGACCAUAAAGUAACUUUAUGAAGGCUUUCUGAUUAAUCUUUUGAAAAAAAAAACAACAAUGCAAGCUUAAAAUAAUGUUCUUUUAUCUCUUUUUUUAAAUAGAGAUAAUGAUGAUAAUAAUAAUGCAGAAAAGUUCGCACAUUUGCCAUAAACGGCAAAAUGAGGUUCCAGCAGAAAUUUAAGUAAAUUUUUCACAUCACAUUAUGAGCCAUAGACAAUGUGAACUUUUUGUGAUUAGAAUGUAGUGAUAUUUAAGUUCCCUUAAAACUAUUUGUUUCUUUCAAACUGAUAGCACAUUGCUUUACUAGUUUAGAACGUUUUGAGUCGAGUCAUAAGUGUAAUGUUAAGGUAUUAAAAGUAUGUUCCAAGUUAAAUACAAGGUAAGCUCAAUCUACAGAAUUUGUAGCGUAAUGUAGAUUACCACAAAGAUAUUUUCAACUCGCCCCUCCUUUAUUUAAAAAUUGUGGUUACAGUGAUGCACUUGCAAUAGAUGUGUAUGGGGCCAGUCCAUAAACAUGUUUCUAAAGUAGAAAAUCACCGUUCUACAUGAUUAAAUCGCUUAUAGAGUUUACCGCCAUUGACAACAAUGUUGUAACAUUUGAUAUUUGUACAGCAAUUUUAUCUCACUAAAAUCAUGUUAACACGUAUAUGUUUAUAUCUUGUGACUUUACUUUGAACAGUGUGUAUUUUAAUGUUUAUAUAUUGGCCUCAUUCAUUUCCAAUUGCAAGUGCUUUACUUUAACCACAAUUUUUGCUUCUUAUAUAUACAAAAACGAUGGACGAGUUGAAAAAUGUUUGUGAUAAUUUUUGAGGUAAUCAAUAUCAUGCGAUUGAGCUUAACUUGUAUUGAACCUGAAGAAUUUCUUUAAAAUGUCAGACGGGUUACAUGUCAGUGUUAUGUCAAUGAAAAGAUCAAGCAAAAUAUAAUUAAGUAAUAUAAAGUGCCAAAACAUGGUUUUAAAAUAUACUUUCAUCUGCAAGCUACUGUGUUUAUCAAGCAUACAUUACAAAAAGUAAAUGUACAGAUUUAGUGUUGCUCGUAUAAAUGCUGUGUAUUUGAUUUAACGUUCUCAACAGAGAGAUUGUAAAACAUAUUUUUUUACAAUCAGCCGUAAGUACAGAGUAUGUCAACAAUAUGAAAACUCAUGAAUGACUCAUGAAUUUAGAUUAUAUUGUAAGUGUUGUGAUUUUAAA